AUACAAUUAGGUUAAAGCUAUUCCAAAGCAGGGCCCGGCCCAAUAACUACAUCUUCCCGGCGUUCUUUUGCCCGGCCUUCCUUGUACUCAUUACCACCCUCCAAGCGAAUCAUUUCCUGGAUGUGAAACGGUGCAGCCCAUUUCCAUUGAGGUUUCUUGCCGCUCCGACCUCGCAAGACCAAGACGCCGCAUCUUCGUCUCAAGCUCCCACUCUUCUCUCAAGAUAGGUUCAAGCUGAUCGUUUAGCUCCUCAAUAUCUCGGUCAGCCGCUUUCCUCUCUUGUGCCCUUUCAGGAUGCCAAACAUGACAUGGUCCUUUCAAUCCGUAGGAGAAUCAGCCCCAGAAUUGGAACCCGGCGAAUCCUUUCCAUCGCUCUCGAGUUGCCGACUUGACGGACCUCUCUUGAGGAGUCCUCCAAACCCGAUAUCCUCCCCGACAAUGAUUGAUGACAACAGAUGUCUCGUCAAACCAAAUCAGCCGCUUCCAAUCCUCGAGGGUCCAGUCCCUAUAAAGGAGACAGAAUUCAAAGCGGUCUCUCAUCAAUUCUCGGUCAAGCCUGGCUUGCGUGUUGGCUUUGUCUUCCUCAUCCCGGCUGCCCGUAAGGUACGCCAGACUGUCAUCGGCGAGAUGGUAUUGCCAAGCUCGGUUCGCCCGUACCUUCUGAAGAACCUCAUCUUUAUGUUGCUCUUGUUUGCGAGGACGGCCAGUCCGAGGGCCAUCUUAAACAUAUACGUCAAAGAUAACGGGGGGGAAGGCCGUUGGAUCAAAGCCACGCUCCAGUGCCCGUUGCGCAAUGAGGUCCACGGUACGGGGCUUCAAGCCGGUGAGGGCUUCAAUCGUCUUGUUGUCCAGCUCAAAAAAAAAGCCGUAACGUCAGUGCCGAGGCACGUGUAGCAAUAUCGUAGUGUGGCAUGGAGGGUAACUGUCUAGGUAGGUAAAGCCGAAUAGGUAAA